AUGGCUUCAUCACAGUGGACAAUACCAAAACUUGUCACUUGGAGAGUCAAAGAUUGGGCUUCCUGUUUCUUGGCUUGCAAGAUUCCUCUAGACGUAGAUGAAGAUGGAGUUAAUAAUAACGGAAACAGUAGUACGAGCAACAACAAUAGUCUAACGUUCAAGAGGAUAAAGAGGAAGAUGAAGAGUACUAAGAAGAAGAGAUCAGAGAGGAAACUCAGUCUAAGCCCACCUGGGACACGUCAUCAUCAUCUUCAUCUUAGAAGCAGCAGCAGCGUUUCUCCCACGACGUCGGCGUCUCAGCACCGGCGGUUGAGCUGGCCGCAGCAACCUGUUUCUGACGAAUCUGGUUUCAUUGUGUUCUGUUUCGACCGCGAAGAUGGAGGUUUCGAUGUGGUUAAAGAGGGUAAACAAGACAAGAAAGAUAACGAAUUGUCCCCGGGAAAGUCACCGAGGACUGUCAAUCGUAAGCUUAUUUAUGGAGAUCAAGGAGUAGGAGGAGGAACAGAUAAGAAUAAGUCGCCGGAGAUUAAAGGCGCAGAACAAGAGCAGAACAAUAACACUUCAAGUCAAGAAUCUGAAGAUAUUACAGAAAAAACUGAAGAAGAAGAAGAUAUCGAUGCCUCUGAUAAAUCGAGCGGGUCUAAUAACUCAGACGAAGGAAGGGGUUCUUUUGCGUUUCCCAUAUUAGGAUUAGAGUGGAUGGGAAGCCCUGUUAAGAUGCCUGAAUCAGAUGACUUGUCUCCCAAGAAACCAAAACCAGUUGCUUUAGGCUUUCAAUGCUGUAGAUUCUGAAAUAUUUUAUAAGAGACAAUUCUAAAAAGUUUCUGCGAUUCUUUGUUAUACUCUGUUUCUGAGUACCACC